AUGGCGUCUCAAACCUCGGCGGUGGCGGGUUAUAAACAGCCUUCUGUUGAGGACGUUUCGGAAAAGAAGAACCAUGACCGAAAAUCCGGAAAAUUCUCGGUGCCUUAUGGUGCUUCUUUGCUAGCUAUCAAGGAUGAGAAUCUUCAGCAAGCAAUCAUUCAUGCUCGUCAAAAUAUUACUGAGUCAUGGCUCAAAAAUGAGUUGAAGAAUGCGACAGCGAAGGAUAUAGUUGCAUACCGGAAGCAGCUCAGCUCGGAGCGCCAGAUUGAAAAGAUCAGCCUCGAGGUGGCAAAGAACUUUCCACUGGGAAAGCGGAAGACCACAGGAGACGUUACCAGCCAGAUUCGUGCAAAUCCAGAAGUUAUCGAGUUCUUCAUUGAGUAUGCGCUUGAUGAGUGCAUGCGCAAGAUAGAAUCUUCCUCGAGUAAGAAGCGCGCAGAGAUAGAGCGCAUCCUUAGCGUUCAAAAGGAACAAGGUAACGAAUAUGAAAUCUUGGGUAUUAAUGAGAAGAUCACGCGUGCCCAACUACUGCAGCAACGUCGGGAGAUUCUAUCAGCUGUGCAUCCAGAUAAAAAUGAAGAUCUCGAAGCCAAUAACUGCACUCAAGCGGUCAACAAUGCGCUCGAUAAAUUGCUUGAGAAGAACCAGAAAUGGUACGAGCCACCGGAUGGACGGUCCCAAAAUCCGAGAGAACACCAGGAUAUGUUUGGGCCUGGAGCGUUUGGAUCAGAGACCGAGGAUAGCGAUGAAGAGGAUCCUGUGAAGAAACACAUACCGGAUAUCCCGGAGGAGAUCAAGAGAAUCCACAAACAUAUCAGCAAAUAUAUUAAUCCGUACUUCUCUACACUUGAAGAAGAUUUCCCAGAGAUACCAGAUGGUGUCAGGAAGGCCAACAACAAAAUCAAGAGGUUAAACUCUGAUGCGUCGAGACCGAUUGAGGCGUACUUGGUGACGAAAGCUGUUCUGCAUGCGUUAAGGAAAGAACAGAUCCGUUUGGUCGAGGUUCUACAGAAAGAGGGUGCUAAGGAAGCCGAGAAGCAGCUCCCAGUACUUCGGCAAUCGUAUCUCAAGACCAGUAAGCUUCGGGAGCACCAAUGGCCGGAAAGCUGGGGAGAGGUCAUGGAGGAAGCCAUUCGUGGGAGACUCAACGAAGCCUACCAAGACAACCCCCCAUCAGAGGAAGGGGGAGAACACUCGGACACGGAUAUGAGCGACUCAGCGAAUGGUAGCACAUCUUUGACCACGCUGGGGUCGGACACUGGCGUUCACUCCAAACUGAUGGUUGUACGGCCUAUCACGAAGCUCAAGCCUGGCAACACCCUUCUAGGAGAUAAGAUACUGGGAUACCGGCCGAUGAAACGAUACAACCGCUACGAGGGUCAGUAUGUCACCAGUAGCAUGAAAUUCUUUGUUCAGAAUCCCGAGUCUGAGGUUUUCAAUAUCUAUUCAGCAACAGAUAUAGGGCAAGAAGCCGCGCUGGCCUACCACCGUCUUGCAGAUGAAGAAAAGAACGACGUCGCUAGAUACUUGGAAGGUGUUAAAAAUGGCGAAAUUACUCCAGAUGCAUACAAUGGGAUACUUGGAGUAUGUGCCAAAGAGUCGGUCUACGAGAUGACUGAUCGUUUCCCUGAAACGUGGGUACACAUUGCAGUGAAAGGAGACGACGACUCUUCCAAGGCCAAAAUCAUCAACAGGACAGCAUUCCGCGAGUUGGUGGACAAUGCCGACAAAGAGAUAGAUUCAUUCUAUGUAAGAAUCGGCGUUGAGCCACCGUGGUCCACUACGCCCUACCCGGAUCCUCGGAACAACGUACGUUACAUGUCCCUUGCGUACCCAGCUCCCAGGCGUAAAGCUCUGGAACGUCACGAUAGACGCGUACUCAAGGCAGCGCCUUUCAAUCAGGGGAUGGGAUCAUUUGGACAAAACUUGAUCGACGACAGCCCAAGACGUGUGGCAAGGUCAUACCAUGAUGAGCCUGAAACGUCGGACCAUGGUAGAGGAGAUCAUAGGCUUAUCCGCGCUUUCGAACGGCUUACGGUUAUGUUUGAGGAACAACAAAGGGAACAACGAAGGCACCGGGAAUUGUUGGAAUCGACCCUUCCCAGACUCAUCGAAGAUAGGUAG